AGCCAUCGUAUUUGCUUGAGACUUUGUCAAACCGAUGGCUGAAGUGGUCUCUACAACAAUACUUACAGAAAAUCAUAAUAGAACGGAUAUAUGCGGGGGAGACAGUGGUUACGAUAGUCAACCCCUCACGAACGGAAGCUACGGUAUGGAAGUUGACGAACGAAGAGAGGUGAAGACAGAGCCUUCUACGGACUCUUUCGCAGCUGCCCUUGCUGCUGCUGCUUCUGGAGCAAAUUACCGGAAAAAGGAGAAUGCGCCUCCGCCGAAGAAGGUAAAGGAGGAAUAUUCGGAUGAUGACGACAUUCCUUGGGCAGAACGCAUGGCCAAAGAGAAAAGUGGAAAAUCUGCGGAAAAGAAGAAAGAAAAGAAAAGAAAGGCAAGCAGUGACAGCGAAGACGAAUACAAGCCUGAGGGCGAUGAUGAUGGAGAAGAUAUACCGUGGUCUCAGAAGAUAAAAAACGAGAAGUUAUCGUCAUCCGCAAGUAAAAAACCCAAACUAGAAGAAGACUCUGACUACGAUGAAAUAGAUGCAAAGAAGGAUAAAAAGAAGAAGAAACAUUAUAGUGACAGUGAUGACGAUUAUGCAAAACCUAAGGGUGAAAAGAAAAAGAAGAAGAAGGAAAAGGAGUCGAGAGAGAAAAAGCCGUCGUCUUCUAAGAAACCAAAGAAAGAGGAGAAAAGAGAGGCAGGCGAACCAAAGAAGAAGAAAAAGAAGGAAGAGGAAGAAGAGGAAAUUUGGGAGUGGUGGAAAGAGGAGAAGAAGCCAGCCGGAAUCAAGUGGAACAGUUUGCAUCACAAAGGUCCUCUUUUUGCUCCCGCAUAUGUUCGACUGCCUGAGCAUGUGAAGUUCAAGUAUGAUGGCAAGGUUGUUCAACUCUCUGAGGAGGCUGAGGAAGUAGCAACGUUUUAUGCGAAGAUGCUUGAUCAUGAAUACACUACCAAAGAUCUGUUCAAUAAGAACUUUUUCCGCGAUUGGCGGAAGGUAAUGACACCUGAAGAGAGGGAAUUGAUUACUGAUCUUAAAAAGUGUGACUUCCGCCAAAUGGAUGUGUACUUCAAAGAACAGUCGGAAAUUCGCAAAUCUAUGAGUAAAGAAGAAAAGCAGAAACUCAAGGAAGCUAAAGAAGCUGAAGCGAAGAUAUAUGGUGUUGCUAUAAUUGACGGUCAUAAGCAGAAAGUGGGCAACUUUAGGAUAGAACCGCCAGGGCUUUUCCGAGGGCGUGGAGGUCAUCCAAAAAUGGGUAUGCUGAAGAAAAGAAUACGACCUGAAGACGUGAUCAUCAACUGCUCGAAGGAUAGCGAAAUACCAGUACCACCCGAAGGACACAAGUGGAAAGAAGUUCGCCAUGACAACACCGUUACAUGGCUGGUUUCGUGGACCGAAAACGUUUUAGGCAAUAACAAAUAUAUAAUGCUGAAUCCUAGCAGUAAAAUAAAGGGAGAGAAAGAUUAUGAGAAGUAUGAGACUGCUCGUCGGUUAAAAACCAGGAUCGACGACAUUCGUGCUGUAUAUCAAGCUGACUGGAAGUCGAAAGAAAUGCGUGUGCGUCAAAGAGCUGUCGCACUGUAUUUUAUUGACAAGCUGGCUCUUCGUGCGGGUAACGAAAAGGAUGUCGACGAGGCUGCUGAUACUGUAGGUUGCUGUUCUCUCCGAUGCGAGCACAUCAAGCUCUACGAGAAAUUAGGUGACAAAGAAUACGUCGUCGAAUUCGAUUUCCUGGGAAAGGAUUCUAUUCGAUAUUUUAACCAAGUACCUGUGGAAAAAAGGGUGUUUAAGAAUCUCCAGCUUUUCAUGGACAACAAGGAACCAGGCGAUGAUCUCUUUGAUAGACUAGACACUGCUUCGCUGAAUGAGCAUUUACGUUCACUAAUGGACGGUCUCACCGUAAAGGUGUUCCGUACAUAUAACGCCUCCAUUACUCUCCAAGACCAGUUAGCGAAACUUACCAGAGCGGAUGAUAAUGUUGCACAGAAGAUGCUUUCAUACAAUCGAGCUAAUCGUAUGGUUGCUAUUCUGUGUAACCAUCAGCGCGCUAUACCAAAGGGACAUGAAAAAGCUAUGGGUAACCUGGAACAGAAGAUAAAAGAUAAAAAACAAGAACUCAAAGAAGCUAAAGCAGAACUUGAAAAGGCACGAGGAGGAGCCAAGGAAAAGGCGCAAAAGAAAGUUGAUCGCUUGAAGGAGCAGUUGAAAAAGUUGAAAAUCCAGAGGACUGAUAGGGACGAGAACAAGCAAAUUGCUCUGUCUACAUCUAAACUUAAUUAUCUCGACCCUCGCAUUUCGAUCGCUUGGUGUAAAAAGUUCGACGUUCCCAUAGAAAAAGUGUUCAACAAGACGUUGCGAUCGAAAUUCCGCUGGGCUAUUGACAUGACAAUGUCGUCUGAUGAGGAAUACAUUUUCUAAGCGUUUUUAACAUUUAUUUUCUAAGAUUUGAUGAUAUAUUCACACAUUUAUCACGUCUAUCGCUACUAAGCUCAUAGCGCUACUGAUAUGCUCAUUAUCUGAGCUUGGGUAUGGUUUCGUGAAAGAGUACGCGUUUUUAUCCGAAUUCAUUGCAAAGUAAUUCUAAGUCGUGAACUUACUAGACUAUCGCUCUUUAAUUUAUUUCAGUUUGUGUUGUUUUAGGAUUUUAUUAUCGAGUAUAUAUAUUUGCUACAAAACGGUUUUACCACUCGCACGUUUUAUCUGUCAAGUAUGUGAUGGUUUGUGUAUGGGCUUUUGCGCGUCUUUACGCUGUUUCCAUUGCCCACCGUGAUGAAUUUCUUUCCAAAAAGCAGUGUGAUAUAGGAUUUUAGGUCAUUUUUUCUAUCUUAGACACUCCUUGAUGCACGUUAACUCUUGAUGAUAUCUACACAUGUUUAUUUUAGGUUUCAACUUUAUUUCCAAAUGAUUGUGAUUAUCACUACUCUAAUAAGUUGCGAUUUCAGCCUUGAUCUGUCUUCUAAUGAAACCUC